AUGCGGACCAGUUCUUUGAUCUCCACGACUUUUGCUCUUGCGACAAUCCAUGUGCGCGGAUCACCAAGCACGUCAACCCGUAGACUCGAAGCCAUUCCUGAGUACGAGGAGAGUGUUCUGAUUGAGAUGGAACAACAUUUCGGGCAAAAGCUGGAGAGAAAAUUGACAAAUCUCCCUACUUGGGGUGCGAGUGACAUUAAGCCGUGGUAUGGUCCGGCUUGGGGAAUGUGGGCCGACAGUAUCAAUUAUGUGGAGACAAAUGGUGAUUUUGCUCCUUCUGCGAAGUACGCGAUGGCCUUUGGAUUAAACGUGGAUGAAUUCAUGGACAAGGUGUCGGCCAAGUUUGGCAUUGAUUCCGUAAAGGAUAAAUCUUCUACGUGUACCUCAUAUUGCGAAGGUCAUGACAAUGAUUGCGCCAUUCGCAAGAACUCGCAAGUCAGGUACUGCGUUUCCCGAUGGAGCAGCAUCUCUGAAGGUGUAGCUCAGGCUUCAUUGCUUGAAAAAGAACCUCGUUGUCCAGUGACUUUCAAUAACGUGACAUUUAAUCCUGAUGAUAUUAAAGGAUUGAUAUCAGUCGUCUAUGCUGAGGCUCAAGUGCCAACGAUAUACGGUGGAAACUACUUCCCAGGCCAAAAUGGGACAUUGGAUGGGAGUGUUCCAUCUGCUCCACCUCAGUAUCGUAACGUGAACCCCGCUUUCUAUCAUAUCACAGCUGCUAACCUUCUGGGAAAGCUCAAUCAAUCUUUCAUUUUCGAUCGGUAUAGUGAUGAGCGAGUCUUAGAUCUCACAGCUUUUGCUUUCGAGGUGACUAGGCUGCAGCGCAUGACGUUGCAGGAGGCUGCGCGAGAGUUCUUCGAUUCGACAUCUUACACUUUUAAUGACAAGGCGACUGAAGUUGUUUAUGUCGCUUCCACUCUGUACUUUGUCGACUCCAAAGUGAAUGAUUACCCUAGCUUACCGUACACCUACAUCUUGGAGUUGGACUCAACGGGAGAUUGUAUCGGGGGUCAGUGGUUGGAGUAUCAGCCAGACGCCAUAUUGAUUCCGAAAGAGAAACCAGCUGCCGACUUGGUCACUGGCAUCGGCAUCAGCUACGCCAAUGUUUUGAUGUUGAUCGAUAAGUCAGCAGCGUGCUCGAAUUAG